ACAUUUCUCCUCAGUAUACACCACAACUCUUGUGUGUGUGUUUGCAUGUGUGUGGGUGAAAAGGAUUAAUACCAUCUCAACUUCACAAAGUCCGACAGAGACAGAGGCAGGUAAUGGAGGACUUCUAUUACCAUGACGAAGAUGACUUCAAUGAGACCUACGACUACAAUUACGAAUUCUCUAUCUGUGACAAAGAAGCAGUGCGCCACUUUAGCAGCAUCUUCCUACCUGUCAUCUAUGCACUAACUCUGGCGGUCGGCCUGUUUGGGAAUGCCAUGGUAGUGAUGGUCUAUACAUCGCCACAACGACUGCGAACCCUGACAGACAUGUGCAUCCUCAACCUGGCCAUUUCUGACCUGCUUCUUCUCUUCACCUUGCCAUUCUGGGCAGCCGACGCUGUCCACGGCUGGAGGUUGGGCAUUGCAGCCUGCAAGCUCAACACCUUCCUUUACGGUGCCAACUUCAGCUGUGGCAUGCUGCUCCUAGCAUGUAUCAGUGUGGACCGCUACUGUGCCGUAGCCCGUAAUGCAACAGGCAGGACUGGCUCAGGUCCCCCCACAAAGAAAAAGUGGAUCCUGGUGUGCGCAGUGUUGUGGGCUAUAGCUGUCCUUCUUGGCCUGCCUGACCUAAUCUUCUCCACGGUGAGGCACAAGUCACACAAGCCGGUCUGCAUGGCUAUCUAUCCCCAUAACAUAGCCCGGUCUGCCAAGGCUGCCCUGGAGCUGCUGGAGGUGAUCCUCAGAUUUGUGCUUCCUUUCCUGGUCAUGGUGGUUUGCUACUCCUUAGUGGGGUGGGCGCUGUGCCGAGCAUCCGGGGUGUGCAGAGACAGAAAGUGUCGGGCUCUGCGGGUCCUGCUGGUAGUGGUUGCUGUGUUUGUGCUCACACAGCUGCCCUACAACGUGGUCAAACUGUACUAUGCAAUGGACAUCAUCUACCUCCUGGUGACCGACUGUGAAGUCAGCAAGGGGCUGGACUGGGCUGUGCAGGUAACAGAGAGCCUGGCACUUGCCCAUGCCUGCAUUAACCCCAUCCUGUAUGCUUGCAUCGGCUCCUCCUUCAAGGGAAACGUCAUCAAGGCUGCCAAGCGUCUCGGACAGCGGUUUGGAGGACGCCAGCGAUAUGUCAACGAGGAGCCAGCGGUGGAAAUCGCACUCAAAGGACCCGCUAACACACACUCACAGUCAGCUUCGGACCAAGACCAAGACACCAGCACCUUUACUAUCUGAGACUUAAACGGUUAAAGUUUGUGUAGGUAGCUUUUUAGAGUGGGCAGACCAUCGUCAAAAAUUUGAACUCAAAACAGCGGAAAGAGCACCCACCUGAGAUUCAGUAUCUUGUCCAAGUCAUUCCCACAAACAUGCACACUUGUGUGUGUGGUGCCGAUGCAAUGGCGAAAUAGGAACUGGUGAGCUGUAGCGAGAAUAAGCUAAGAUUACUAGAGUUAAGGUAGGCUGGGAAGAGCUUUUUUGAGGAUGGGACGAGAAUAUGCAUAGCAGUAGUACACAUACACAAGACAUGAUUGGACAGAGAUUGGUCAUUUGAUUUGUCCAAUCAGAUUUUAACAAAUGAGAUUGAACUGCCAGGGACAGCAAGGAAAAACAGAUUUUUUUUCUCAGUACAUUUAGUUUGGAUUGCACCCUCUGUAUAUAAUGGUGGUUUGUCAGAAUUAUGUUAAAAGUUACCUAAAGAAGCUUUAUGGACUUUUCUGUAAAUACCUCCACAAAACUUUUGUUAUAUACUUAUAUAUCUACAGUACAUCUUUAAUAACAUGUACAAAUGACAGGGCCAUCAAUAACCAAACACUAAAAUACAAUUUGUCAGUCUCGUGUAUAUUUGUACAGUUGGGUAGAAGGGUGUGAAUCUUUGGGUGAACAUCAAUCUAAUUUGAUUUGGUUUAACAAUUAUUUCUCUUUUGUGGAAUGAUUCAAUGUGAUAAGAGUUGGUAAACCACUACUCAAGUCAAUGAUUCAAUUAAGUACUCUUAGCCAAAAUGUAUAUCUAUUAAAUAAACAUGUGCAAUACUGUAAGACUAUCCUUCCUGAAAAGGAAGGAGAAAAAAAAAACAGAUGACGGAAUUACUAUCAGGUUAUUUUUUAUAUAAAAAAACACUUUUUACACUUUUUAUUUAUAGUAUUCUGUUAGAUCAUCAAAACAUUAGGUCUAAGAGUCAAGAAUUUAUCAGUUCAAAGUAUUUCAUAUUGAUAGAGGUCAAGUAGGCAGAACACUGCAGUUGAAUUGACUGCAUUUGGAAUUGGUGCAUUUAAUGAGUACAUUGUUAGACACCUGUCUGAGUAAUAUGCUGAGUAAGACAACUACUUUGUAUAUAGUGUGGCACUUUGUUAAAUAAAAGCACAAACAUUUUCUGUGAGAUGCAUCUACCUACAUCUAUCACAAUUAAAUGGAACCAAAACUCAGGAUGCUGUGUCCAUAGUUUCAUUUAUUAACUCUAAUUUAAAACCACACACUCUGUACUACUUUCCAUAUGAUCAGCUGCAUCUCAU